AUAUUGUGAUAAGUAUGAUAGUACACAAGUUUUUCUCCCAAAAAGACACUCACACGAAACGAAACGAGUGUCAUGUCCCAUGGCAUGUCCCAUCUGGAAUGACCAUGUACUUGUUUUUCUCAGACGUCCACUGAGAAAAUUACAGGCUGAAUUACCUAAUGUUUUUCACUGAACUCCAUGGUGAUCCCAAAAUUUUUCGUUUCGCCACCUCGCGUUUGAUAAAAUAGCUAUUUGUCCACUGCCAUGCACCGCAAUUACACUUUGGGUGCGCGUUUCCACGGAGAUCCAACAACGAGUGGACAUGGAGGAGCUACUGAACGCGAUGUCAUGUGACCAGCAAGCCAAAAAACUCACUGGUCCUCCUGUUUUUCAAUUGCAGGCCAGAUGCAAAGUUUUAUCACAGAGUAGAAGUAUUAAAUAUUUUUCACAGAUGUCCUCCUGAGAAACUAAUCGCGCCCGAAAAGGGCUUAUGAUGUAUUCUCUGUGCAUGUGUAACAUUGUGGAUUAAGGAAUGUUCAAUGCUAACACUUCCAAACUUCGGAAAUGGAAUGUCCCAUCCAUCUGGCACCAACCUUCAGGCUACACUUGAGCACGCUGACCAGCAUUCAGCUACACUCUGAAGAUAACAUCUCACUUACGAUUAGUUUACAUACUGCUGUCUAACGUCUUUUGGCAUAUACAUGCACAUCAAAGUUCACAUAAUAAUCGUAGUAGUCAUAAAAUAACUGAACAUAGGUCAUCAUUAACUUCAUAGUCUCUGCUUUGUCAUGAAAGCAGGCUGGUGCAGUGCAAAGCUGAUGGUCUUAAAGAAAUCCUUUAAACUGAGCAGAUUAGCAUUCUGCAGCUGUGAGCAGAUCAGAGAGCAAGAGAUAAGGAAGACAACACAACAGGAGAAUGCCUGCCUUUACUGGACCCUGCAACUUACCAUCAUCUGCAGUUCCAUGAUGGUAUAUGUAGCUGUAAAGUGCUAAAAGUAUUGAAUGCUGCAGCACCUGACGAUCACUAACCUACAUUGCAGGAGCUGGUUCUAGGGCACUGAUCUCACAAAGCAUGAACCAGAUGGUGAAAAGAUUACGGCACAACGUCAGAGGGACUUUGAUCUAGGCAUCAUUCCUGAGAGCGAGACGGUGACAUGUCAUAUUCGGGCAUCACUCGAUUUCUGUUUUUGCAGAGAGGUUACAGUGUAUUUACAAUUUGAAGAGUUCUGGAGCUGCCAAGGACUUUUGGAGCUGCUGCCAAAUCUUCAGACAUGGCUGCCUUCCGAAACUCCCAAAGCCCAACAGCUUGGCUCCUGGCUCUGGUGUUAGGAUUGUCUCUGUUCCAGCAAGCUGCUGUUGCAUUUGUCAGAACAGCAGGCAGCUCAGACUUAAAGAUGCCCUUAGGUCAAACUAAGACUGGCCUGACCCCUGGCACCACGCAAGGCAUUCAACAGGCUCCUGAAAGAGGAGUUGAUGGGCUCUCCAAGGACUUGUUACUACUGCCUCUUCAGUUAAACACAGACGAUGGUGAUGGCUCUGGAAAUGGAAGUUGGCUGAGAGAAAAUCUCACAGAGGUAAACAGAGGUAGGGCACCAUCUUCUGGAACAAUGGAGAAGAACAUCUCCGGUCUGGGUGGUAAAGAGAAACGAGAUUUACGGGAAAGUGUAACAGACUCCCCUCCUCUCCUGGCUGGUCCACAAAUACUCAUGCAAAGGAUUAUCCGUAAUGAUAAUCAUGAUGAUCAGGAUAUAAUGAUGAUGAAUAGAAAUGACCCCAGCGUUUCACAAGCCACGACCACGCUGCCUGUUCCGUCCACAGCACCAGCUCACAGCAAAGCAACCAUGAUUACAAACAACACUAAAAGCAAUGUAUUUUUAACCACUAGAGUAGGACCAGCUAUAGAUAAAGAAAUGACCCCCAUUAGAACACUUGAAGAAACCCAUGCUGUUGAUGGUUCCUAUGACAUGGGAACUACUAUCUCUGCAAAAACAAUUGACAAAGAAGCCCCAGAGGAAAAACAGUUCAUACAUACAGCAAGUUUCAACGCUGAAACAGAGGACUCAGGAAGUACAUCCAGUUCUGGACUCAAGUCUAUUGCUGACCAGUUACCAGAUAUGACCAGUGUAUUCCGAGAACCACCUGAACCUCUACAUGUGGAAAAAAUGCAAGAGCAAGAGGCAAUAGGAGUAUUGCCUAUGGACAAAACAACAAUACAGAAAGGUAAUAGGACAUCUGGUGGUGCUGCCGCUGAGGCCCAGACACCUAUAGGGUCAUUGUCCUCAGUCAAUCGAUCAGAAGAAUUAGAUGGGCCGAAAUCUAGAGAUGAUGACAAGUCUAGGUGGUUUGGUGGGAUAUUUGGGCCAAUCACAGAGAAAGGCCUGUCUGAACCCUCAGGUCCUUGUGCUUUGGGUUUAGGCCCCUGUGUGUUUCCUACCAGCCCCAAUGGCACUCUCCUGCAGUGGGAAGAUUUGCGCCGCACUCUGGCAUUUGCCUGGGAGCUCCAUGUGUUUGGUUCUGCCAUCUUCUUUAUGUUGGUGCUAAUCGGAGCCUUCUGGGGAGUAAUUGGUGGAUCUGGCAUAUGCCAACCCUUUUGUGAACCCCUCACUUUGGCAAAUGUCCUGCUACUUCUCUCAGGUUUGCUCAGAUUUGUUCAGUUCAUUGUCGACCCGUAUGGUACAAGGCACAUCCUGCCCCGUCCAAUCCUUGCAGCACUGUACAACUUACCGCUUGCCCUUCUGUUGUGGGCACAGGUCACCUUAGCUUUGCUGGCAUUGAAAGGAACACGGUUGAACCUCCUGACUCCUGCUCUUCAGCGCCCCCAUGUCACUGGAGGUCUAGCAACUUUGCACUGUGCUUCUCUUCUGGGGGCUGACCUUCUUUCCCACACCCUGUCCCCGGCACUACCCCUGAUGCUUCAGACACUCUCCAUCUGCUGGGGUCUUCCACUCUGUUUGGGAAUUCUCUUCAGGGCCCUUCCUCCUCUUAGGUCGGCCGCCAGAACCCCUAUCCCGAGAUGGGGGGCCUACAAACGGGUUGAGGAACGUGCCAGGAGGGUUCUAAUCGUCUGUGCCCUGCUGGGUGUGCUGUGCUGCACUCUUCAGAUUCAUGGCCUGCUCUGGAUGUACGGGCUCCUUGGAGAUUGGCGCCGGUUCGGCUGGGGCUGGUGGCUUGGGCAGUUCUGGGCACGCUUGCUGGAGCUGUCUUGGAGCUUCUCAAUGCUGUUGCUGGGUUCAAGGGCCUUCUGGAGGCCUAGUAGAGGUGGGCCUAAGAGAGGAGAUCGGGAUCAAGGUCAAGGGGCUGGUGGACGAUCUGAGAAUGGCGCAUUUGCUUCCUCUUGGGACAGAGUGUUGAAGUGCCUGCCUUGGAGAAGACAAGAAAAUGCCUGGGCUGAUCUGUUACCUAAUAACUGGGCAGGGUACCAGCAAUCCAGAACAGAUAUCAAGAAUUCAGUGGUUGAGAACUAUGAAGCCAAUGCAAGUGUUGGUGUAAAGGACAGCCAUGCUAACAGUACAAGUAACAGAGCUUAUAGCACCAGCAACUAUGACUCUCAGUCCGCUCCUCGGUGGUCUCAUGGUCUAGAAUGGCAAGAGCGUGACUGUGUCUUGUCUUUAAUCGAGUUUGACUUAUGCCCUCCCUCUCCCAUCGAACUUAGACGAAGCAUUGACAAUGCCUUGCAUUUUGGACACCUUUUAGGAAGCAUGGGGAGCCUCUUUACCCCUCCACCUCCUUCCUGGACCCAGAGUGAGGUGUCCACAGCAGCUCCUGGAGGUGAUUUUGCAACACAAACUACGCCCACCCACAUAGCCUACAGGUGGGCUCUGGAUGCAGAGUCAUGCCCCAUCUCUCCCCAGUGCUUUAGGUUGGCACAGGAACCUGAGGUGGCAGUGCUGGAUCCAGAAACCUUCCUUCCUCCAGACAUUACCAGUGAGAUCCGGCUGUGGGAGAGAAAUUCUGCAAUACCAGCUGUUAAGGAAGAGGGUGACUGGAUCAGCAUAACAAGUGGUGACGAUAUCACUAACCUGUGAACCUUUUUUAGGCUAAUUUAUGCUCAAAUACAGACAGGACCUUUGUUCUGUGUUCAUUUCAUCCAUAUUUGUGCAAGGGCACAAACUAAGGUAAAAGCUAACAGAUAAGGGCAGAGCACAACAGUACCACUGGAAACUGUGAGGGCAGUUUAGCCAGGAGUUCAAGUGAAACAUGACCACUUCCAUAUGGACAUGACAAAAAAAUGAAGGCGGAACUUUUUCUAAACCCCCAUUGCAUCCUUUGUCUUUUUUAGAUAUUAGUAAAUUAUCUCAACCUUUUACUCUAUCGCCAUGUUUGUUGUUGUCAGAAAUGUUUGACUCUGAACUAGUGGAAGUGCUACUUAAAGUUCAUGUCAAUGUAAAUCAUUCAUUGAAGAAUGUGGGUAGUGGCGUUUACAUUAUUUAAAAUGGACCUUUAAGAUAUGUAAUUUUUGUACGUAAAGGCAGUUUAAAAGAGAAUUAAGACUUUAAGCUGUCUGUGGCACUUUAACUCGACAGAAUUUGUUUCUUUUAUAUAGAAAGUAUAUAAAUCAUGCAUGCAGUUCUGGUGUAACUGUACAUGGUCUCAGUUCUAGGGAACAGUUUCAUUUUACAAAUGUACAUACAUUCAUUUUAUGAAAGUAAAAAUAUGUAUAAACAGCACUUUAUUAAUUACAUCAUUUUUUCCGUAAUUCUUAUAUUGUUUUGUUAAUUAACACUGAACGUUGAGAUUGAUCUUUAUUCAUGUGUUAGUGUGUAAAC